CAGCGCCCCCCGCGUCCCCCGCGCACGCGGAGCCUCCUGACGCCGCCCGCCGCCGCCGCACGAGCCUCCCGCCCUCGCUCCCGCAGCCAUGGAAGCCUCGGUGCACUCUCUCUACACCCAGAAGCGGGGCUACGACCUGACGCGGAACCCCCACCUCAACAAGGGUAUGGCUUUCACUUUGGAAGAGAGACAACAGUUGAAUAUACAUGGAUUACUACCACCUUGUUUUCUUGGUCAAGACAUCCAGGUCUUUAGAGUUGUUAAGAAUUUCGACCGGCUGAACUCAGAUUUUGACAGAUACCUUCUUUUAAUGGACCUUCAGGAUGAAAAUGAAAAGCUUUUCUACAGAGUGCUGACUUCUGACAUUGAGAAAUUCAUGCCCAUCGUUUAUACUCCCACAGUGGGACUGGCUUGCCAGCAGUAUAGCCUAGCAUUUCGGAGGCCAAGAGGUCUCUUUAUCAGUAUCCACGACCGAGGUCACAUUGCUACAUUGCUUAAGUCAUGGCCUGAAGAUGUUGUCAAGGCUGUUGUGGUGACUGAUGGAGAACGGAUCCUUGGUUUGGGUGAUCUUGGCUGCAAUGGAAUGGGCAUUCCUGUUGGCAAACUGGCAUUAUAUACUGCCUGUGGAGGGGUGAAUCCUCAAGAGUGUCUGCCUGUCACCCUCGAUGUGGGAACUGAGAAUGAGGAGUUGCUAAAAGAUCCUUUAUAUAUUGGACUGAGGCAGAAAAGAGUGAGAGGACAUGAUUAUGAUGACUUUUUGGAUGAAUUCAUGGAGGCAGUUACUUCCAGGUUUGGAAUGAAUUGUCUUAUUCAGUUUGAGGAUUUUGCCAAUGCAAAUGCAUUCCGUCUCUUGGAGAAGUACCGAAACAAAUAUUGCACAUUCAAUGAUGACAUUCAAGGAACAGCAUCUGUUGCAGUUGCAGGUCUCCUUGCAGCUCUUCGCAUUACUCAGAACAGCCUGUCUGAUCACACAAUUCUAUUCCAAGGAGCUGGAGAGGCUGCCCUGGGGAUUGCAAACCUUAUUAUUAUGGCCUUGGAAAAAGAAGGGAUAUCCAAGGAGAAAGCCAUUGAAAGGAUAUGGUUGGUUGACUCAAAAGGAUUAAUAGUUAAGGGACGUGCUUCUUUAACGCAUGAAAAAAAGAAAUUUGUCCAUGAACAUUAUGAAAUGAAUAACCUUGAAGAGAUUGUCCGAGAAAUAAAGCCAACUGUCCUCAUAGGAGUUGCUGCAGUUGGUGGUGCUUUCACAGAACAGAUUCUCAAGGACAUGGCUUCUUUCAACGAGCGACCCAUCAUUUUUGCUCUAAGUAACCCAACAAGCAAAGCGGAGUGUUCUGCAGAGCAGUGCUACCGAGCAACAGAGGGUCGUGGUAUUUUUGCGAGUGGCAGUCCAUUUGAUCCUGUCACUCUUCCAGAUGGUCGAACCUUCUAUCCUGGCCAAGGCAACAAUUCCUAUGUGUUUCCUGGAAUAGCACUUGGUGUUGUCGCAUGUGGAUUGAGGCACAUCACUGAUAAAAUCUUUCUCACUACUGCCGAGGUUAUAGCUCAGGAAGUGUCAAAUAAACACUUGGAAGAGGGUCGUCUGUAUCCUCCUUUGAAUACCAUUCAAGAUGUUUCCUUGAAAAUUGCAGUGAAGAUUGUGGAAGAAUCCUACCUUGAUAAAUCAGCUACUGUCUAUCCUGAGCCCCAGGAUAAGGAAGCAUUCGUCCGCUCUAAGGUUUACAGUACUGAUUAUGACCAGAUUCAACCUGACUGUUACCCUUGGCCUAAGGAGGCAAUGAAAAUACAGACUAUAAAUCAGUUCUAGAAACACAGUACAGCGGUAAAUAUUUGUGGCUCUAUUAAUGGUGUUUUGAAGUUGUUGGGUUUUUUCCUUUGUCAGAGAUGGAUACUUUGUAAUGAUUGAGAAAGCUCUCAAAUUAAGAUAAUUUUUGUUUAUUAACUUUCUAGUUUAAUUAUCUCUUGAUUGAUUGACAGUCAUUAAUCCAGGUUAGGAUAAACGGCCCUUUAGACAAUAGUUCUUUGUUUUCAUUCUGUUUGUUCCUGUUUCCAAUGUUAAUCUUUCUGUUCCAAGUUCUUUUUGAAAGUUGUUGUACCUACUGAAAAAUCUCAUUAUUUUUACAUAGUGCACUGAAUAGUAACACUAAAACUAGAAAUAAAUAAAGCAGCUUUAAAAUAUGUGAUUCUUUUGUUAAGCUAUACUUUUUUGUAAGAAUAAUAAGUUUUGGGAACAGAAUCUUUAUACUUACAACAGAAACUACAAUGUCAAUAUCUUUUGCAGUUUCUAAAGAAAGUGACUUCUCAGGUUUUCAUCAAUAGUCCUUGGUUAUGUAGGUUCAAUUUGUGCAACUGAUUAAAAAAUUUUUGAGAAGGCUCAAUCAGUACUGUUUACAGUGCUUUGUAUAACUUCAUGUUUGUUUAUUUCCUUUCCAUCAUUCACCUUAUGCAGUAACACUCCACUGUAUCCACUGCACUCCCUGCAAAGAGCUUCCCACUCUGCAGCUGCCAUGCCAUAGCUUUGGGGAAAGGGACCAUGCCCCUGUUUCCAAUGGAGGCCCAUUCCCAUUCUCUGUGGUAUGGCAACUGGAAGAUAAAGGAGGCAGACAAAGAGAUGUUCCUUUUAGCAUGAUUCCCCAGGGUGUUACUUUUAAUGAGACCCCUGGGUCCGAGUCUAACCUCAGUACCCAGAACAAGUUGUCUUGCUGUAUGGCUCAGUGCCAUAACUCCAAACAUAGCUGACCAGGUCAUUCCCUCUUUUCCAUUAUCAACUAUAAUGCUUCUCCAUUGUUAACUCAGGUAAUUGAGAAUUAGCCAUAUUGCACUAAAAUAAUCUACCUCUGUAGUUCAGAGGGAAAUUAUAAGUGAAAAAUUUAUAUACCAGUAUUCCCAAUAAGUCACCUUUAUAUUUUUUUAGUUAUAUUCAAUAAGAAAUAGUCUUGCAUCAAAUAUAAACCAUCAUUUUAAAGUUACCAUGACAACUGUAGAAGAGCAUAUCACGGGAUGCUGACAUGAGUGUGAUAAGAGUUUUACUUUAACAGUCAGCAGUUGAGCCAGUGACAUAAGUCAAGCUCAGGUUUGACAAUCAUUCAUUAUUUAUCUAUAGAAUUAUUUUAUUAAGAAAGUUUCUUCCUUCUGAGGUCAUGCUUUUGAAAAUGUACUUCAAGGUAAAGUGUACUAGGAAAAAAUAUUUUUGGCAGAGUUGAAGACCAUACCAAAUUUUAUUUUUAGGGACUAAAUGGAGUGGUAGUGGUGGAAGUAGGAGUUUUGAGGGUACAAGUCAACAGAGAGAGUUGCCUACAUGUCAUUGUUUUGGGAAAGUAGCAGAAUGAAUUUCAUAAUUCUUGUCUAUUUCCAUGUUUUCUUAUAGCUCUAAUAAAACCUAUUUACCUAUGCAAAAAGAUUGUAAUGAACUAUUAAAAUGUAAAUGCUUAACUAAAAAGCGAAUUAAUAAAAUAAUGAGAUGCCCAUGA